AAACACUGUCUACAAUAUCUGUGGCUCCAAGCAACUCUGGGGGAACAAUGGAAAUGUCUUUAGCUUCAGUGAAUUCCAGGAGCAUCCUGAGAACCUGAAUGAGGAGCAAGAGACAGAAGUGGAGGCAGGGUGUGCAGUUAAGGAGGAGAUCCCAGAGGACGGAAGGACGGAGUCCAGGCUGAACUGGGUUAGGAAAGCCAAGUGGAUGAACAGUGGCUUCCCAGGCUUGCCUGAAGAACUGUCCAGGGAGAGGAACCCUAUGGAUAAAGUGAGUGUCCUACAGCAACGGAUCCUAACACUCACAGAGGAAGUCAAGUCACAGAAGGAGCUGGUUAAACUCCUCCACAAAGCUCUGGAGGCAGCCCAGCAGGAGAAGCGAGUAUCUAGCAUGUAUCUCACUGCAGCAGAAGAUAAGGACAGGCUGGAACUGGUGCGCCACAAAGUGAGACAAAUUGCAGAUCUCACCAGUCGACUGGAAGCUCUUGAGCAAGAAAAGAAGGAACUGGAGCAGAUACUGACUCUGAGAGACAGCCACAUCCAGGAACUCAAGGAGCAUGUGCAGCUUCUGAUGGAGAAGAACCAUGCUAAACAGGAAGUCAUCAUGGCCUUGACGGAGCAGAUGGCCCGAGAGGUCUCUGACCCCCUGCAAGAAGCCAGCACUAUCACUGCAGCGGCAUUGUAUAAGCAGCAAGAGGAGAUUGAGCACCUGAAGGAUGAUAUUGAUGCAUACAGAACCCAGAACCAGUUUCUCAACUCAGAGAUCCACCAGGUUACUCGACUCUGGACAAACGUUGCUGAGAAUGAAAAAGCCCUUCUGAUGAAGUGUGCCUGCCUGCAAGCACGAAACUGCCAGAUGGAGAGCAAGUACCUGACAGUCUUGCGGAAGCUGCAGGAGGCUGUGCCUGGCCUGCCCAGUUCCCAUGCUGAGUUGGUGAGAAACCUCAUCCAGGAAGCGCUCCAGUGGAAUGGGAAGGAAGGAGCAGAAGAAGGUUUUAACCUGAACCCUGUAAGUGAGUUUGAUGAGUAUGGGUUUAUGACUGUACCAGAGUAUGAAGUUGAGGACUGGAAACUUCUGGCCAAAAUCCAAGCCCUGGAAAUAAAGUCCAACAACUUACGGAGCCAGGAAGUAGUGGAGAAGCCCCUUCGUGACAGGUGGAAGAGUGUUGGAGAGCUGAGCCCCUCUGCGGAGCUGAAGAGCCUGAUCCGAAGUGGCAUUCCAGUGGAGCAUCGGCAACGGGUCUGGAGGUGGAUUGUCAGCCAGCACUGCAGCCGUCUGCCUGACCACUACCAGCGGCUGUUACGGCAGAGCAAGAGCACCGAGCACCCUGCCUGCCGGCAGAUUGAGCUUGACCUGCCCCGCACACUAACCAACAACAAACAUUUUUCCUCUCCCACCUCCCAGCUCAUCCCCAAGCUCCGGAGGGUGUUGCUGGCAUUCUCCUGGCACAAUCCUGCCAUUGGGUACUGCCAGGGACUGAACAGAUUGGCAGCUGUUGCCCUCCUGGUCCUGGAAGACGAAGAAAGUGCUUUCUGGUGCCUAGUCCAUAUUGUGGAGAACCUAAUGCCAGCAGACUACUACAGUGACACACUGAUAACAUCGCAGGUAGAUCAGAGAGUCUUCAAAGACUUCCUGUCAGAGAAGCUGCCUCGCCUCAUGGCUCAUUUUGAGCAGUAUCGGAUUGAUGUCUCGCUCAUCACCUUCAAUUGGUUUCUGGUGGCCUUUGUGGACAGCCUGGUCAGCGACAUCCUCCUGCGAGUGUGGGAUGCCUUCCUGUACGAGGGAACUAAGGUGAUUUUCCGCUAUGCUCUUGCAAUUUUUAAAUACAAUGAGGAGGAAAUCCUAAGAAUUCAUGACAGUGUGGAGAUCUACCAGUACCUACGCUUUUUCACGAGGAUGAUCACGGAUGGCAGGAAGCUGAUGAACAUUGCCUUCAAUGACUUGAACCCCUUUCCCAUGAAACUGCUGAGGAACCGGCGGACGAUGCACAGAGAAGAGCUGGAGGCAGAACUGUGUGAGCUGGAGCAGAUCAAGGCAGCCUAUGUAAAAGAGAGAGCAGAGCAGGGGCCUCAGGACCUGAAGGAGGUUGUUAGUGAAGAGGAAGAAGAGAUUUGACAAAACCAGAGUUCCUCAUCACUUCCCUUCCACCUUGCAGAGGGUCUUCAGUAGUAACUGUCUGUAAGAGAUGGAGCAGAGGAGGAAGGGUGGUCACAGCAGGAGUUUGUCUGCCCAAGGAAGCAAGGCUGUAGGGGACCAAGCCAGACUUUGUAAUGGAGUGGA